AUGCCAAUUGAUUACUCCAAGUGGGAUAAAAUUGAAUUAUCUGAUGAUUCAGAUAUAGAAGUGCACCCUAAUGUGGAUAAGAGAUCGUUUAUUAAAUGGAAACAAAGAGAUAUUCACGAGAAGCGUCAACAGAGAAAUAUUGAAAUCAAAUCGAUAUUAGUUCAAUUAACUAUGUAUGCUAAGCUUAAUGAAAGAGUUGAUUUCCUUUUGAAUGACUUGAGCGAGGAGCAAUUAUUAGAUGACUCUUUGAUUAUGAAGAAAUUGAAUGAUAAAUUCGAUAAGUUAGAAAAAUUCAACUAUGAGAUUUUGAAGAAAGAAAAAGGUGACACGUUACGUAAGGGUCUUAAGGAUUUGUCGUUUAGUGCAGAAGAGAUUGAAAAUACUCCACCGUAUAAUGAGAUGAUUGAAGAUCUUUUUAUUCAGGUUAAAGAAGAUCAUCCAGACGCUGCAAAGGAUGCGGCAAAAUUGACGCAGUACUUGAAAGAACAUAGAGCUAAGAUCGAUGACGUGUUAUCCAAACAAGCCAUAAAGUUGGAUGAUCUUUUAUACCAGAAAUCGAUGUUAAUUAGCAGUGACGACAUACAUACUGGCUUUGAUAAAUCUUUCUUGAAUAAAGAGAAGGACGAAGACAAAGUAGUGGCUGCUCCUCCACAGACAGAAAAGAAGACAGUUACGACUACAGAAACUAUAAAUGAUCCUUCUAGUGCUACUUCAACGUCGAAAGAGCCCAAGUCGGAUAAAGAAAUGUUAGAUGAAUUAACAUUGAAUCCAGCUACUGCUGAUUUUGGUAAGAUUUCAAGCACUAAAAUCGACGAGAGCGCCAAUUACUUAAUAAGACAUACUCACAUUUGUAAUGAGCAACAAAAAGAUGCUUUGCUUAUGACUGCAUUUGAUCAUCAGUUACAAGGAGAUUCUGAUACAGCCCGUCAAGUAAUUCAUCAAUCGUUAUUAUUACAAUAUGUCGCCCAAUUAGCCGGGGUUAAUCCAAACAAAGAUCAGAUUAUCAAGGCAGUUAAAUUAUUCUGCUCUAAAAUUAAUGACCAGUCGUCUCCUGCAAAAAUGGGAUUUUCUCAAGAUGUCACCAACACAUUCAAUCAUAUUAAAUCAAGAUGUGAAAUUAUUAAACAGGAACAAGGCAUAGAAAACAAUGAUAACGAGGAAGAAGCGUUAAUUCAAUUAAAGGCUCUUGAUGAUAAAACUGAAUUACUGGUUAAUAUUCCCCAAGAAGGAACACCGGAGUUUGAAAUUUUCUCGACCAAAUUAUCUAAAGAAAUGCAAGAUGCUGUAAGAACCGAAUCCUUGGAUGCCGUUAAUAACGUAUUUGCAAAAUUAAAGGUUGAGGAGGCUGAGAAUAUUUUAGAAAUAUUUAACGAAUGUGGAGUUAUUGGCAUUAAUGGUUACAUAGAGGAUGAAAAUGAAUUUAAGGAAUUGCAAAAACAAUAUAAUGAAGGUAUGGAUUUAGAAGCUGAAAAGUUAGAAGAAGUUCACGAAGAGCCAAAUACUGAGGAUAUCGUUGAUUGA